UCAUUGAUCAUUAAUUAUUUUAUUUGUUGUGUUCUGUUCAGUGUUGAUAAAACUGUAUUUCCAGAAAAGUAUCUCAUAUCAUAUAAACCUUGUGUUUUACUUAAGUAAUUAAUAUUAAAUUGAAAAUAAUAGCGAAAACAACUAAUUCAAAAUGAAUAGGAUAUUCGGUAGAGGAAAGCCAAAAGAACCAGGUCCUAGUAUCACAGAUUGCAUUACCAGUGUGGAUACUAGGGCUGAUAAUAUAGAUCAAAAAAUUCAGAAGUUGGAAACAGAAUUAAGAAAAUAUAAAGAUCAAAUGGCUAAAAUGAGGGAAGGACCAGCAAAAAAUUCUGUAAAACAGAAGGCAAUGAGAGUUUUGAAGCAGAAAAAAAUGUAUGAGCAACAAGUUGAAAACUUAAGAGCACAGUCAUUCAACAUGGAACAAGCAAACUAUGCAACACAAACACUAAAAGAUACACACACCACUGUUGCUGCUAUGAAGGAUGGUGUUGCGUCUAUGAAGAAAGAAUUUAAAAAGAUAAAUAUUGAUGCUAUUGAGGAUGUAAAUGAUGAGCUUGCAGACAUGUUGGAGCAGGCUGAUGAGGUACAAGAGGCUAUGGGCAGGCAGUAUGGCUUGCCGGACAUUGAUGAGGAUGAACUAGCCGCUGAACUCGAUGCCCUUGGUGAUGAAAUAGCAUUGGAUGACGACACAUCAUACCUAGAUGAUGUAGUAAAAGCUCCAGCUGCUCCAGACAGAGAACCAGGUGCGGACAGCGUGAGGAUGAAAGACGGAGUACCGGUCGAUGAGUUUGGCCUGCCACAAGUACCGAGCGCUGCACAUGCUAAAUAACUAACACUAGGAUACACAUAGAGGUGGGGAUUAUCUAUACAGAAAUAUCUAAUCUUCAGAUGAUUUAUACGUGUAUAGUAUUCUCUUCCUACGAUGGCCUUAGACUAUGUCACCAUUUAAUAUGUCAUACUGACAGCUUGUCAUUUAAUCGUUAUUGUCGUGACGCUCACAUCUAUACUAUAGAUAGUUACGUUGUUUCACUCGAAAAUAGUUUGAGAACAAUCAUUGCAACUGAUGGCGUAUUUUUAGGCCAAUCACGUGACCCAGGUGCUACAGGAAGAGUAUAUUUAUUAUACCAUAUGUCUAGGUAUACUGUGACAUUUAGCGUCUAUUUUGAGCAAUGCACGCACACUGACACAAAGUGACACACAAAUCGCGAGUGUAACACGUAGCUUGUCACGCACACUAAAGUAAUGAACCUGGCCUGUUUUCAUUGGUGGUAGCAGCAAGAGGCCCUAUCUUGACGUAUAAAUUAUCUAAGGCAUAAUCCUUUCAAUUUAAUUUUGUUUCUGUUACUUUAACCUACUAUUAUUUUAUGGCGCUACUUAACAAUAUUAAAUGAACACACGGGUAAAACUUAACCGUAAUCAUAAAAAAAAUCUAAAAAUUAAAAGAAAUUUUAAUCUUGUGUGCUACUCACCUUAGUAUUCUGAGCGCGUAGUAGGCACGAAAUAGGUGUCUACGAUAGCGCGCGGCUACUAGAUGGUAUUAUGGAAAAUUUAUGUAUUUAGGUGAAUUAUGUAUUUUUGAAGCUUUUAUAUGGACGUUCGACCCGCUAGCCGCGCAGCCACCCUGUCCGUGCUAAGAACUUAGCGUUACACGAGAGCGUCAGAUUUAAUACCGUUACACGAUAUAAACUGAGCGCGCUCCCCACCUCAGUGGACGUGGCUUUCUGUCUCGUUUUUACACAUAUCAAUGUACGUGGCUGGCGUGGCUUUCUAUCUCUUUCUGUUCUUCUGUCACUUGAAAUUUGAAUAUCCACUGCGAACAGCUGUUUUGUUUUCCUUUCUGUGGAUUAUAAAUAAACCGUGUAAAUUGUCCCUCACGUCUUUUUUAGGGUUCCGUAGCCAAAUGGCCAAAAACCUUUGUCUUUUUCAUUUUAAUAAUUAAGUAUCAUUUUCCUUUCUAUAUGCCUUUUAUAUUAUGUUACUUGCUCCUACAGAACCCUUGAUGGGCGAGUCCGACUCGCACGUGGCGGCUUUUAUUUUCGUAUGCUGUAUACGAUAAAGCUUCGGGCGUCCCUAGACAGUGCUGUUAUUUUUUUUCUUAGAGUUUAGUAGUUCUACCCUUGGGUUCAUUUCAUCUCGCUAUUGUAGCUACACGCUGUAUAUUAAACCCCUUUAUAUAUGUUCUCUUUAGAAACAUAAUACCGAAACUCAAAUUAGAGAUGUUACACUGUAUAUGGAACUGUAUUAGAUAUUGUGCUAGUUUUGCAACCAUUUUUACUGGAGGAAUUAAUUUUAGUUAAUUCUUUAUCAAGAUUAUUCUUUAUCAAUUAAAUUCUAAAAUAAUUUAUGAAUCUAUACAAGUAAAUAGGAAUACAUAUUAUCUGGUUAGUGCAUUAUUCACAUGUCACUGUGGCACUUUUUAAUAUCUAUGUUUUCAUAUUUAUUUUUAUGAUUCAGUUCCGUAGCAGUUUUUCUUAGCAUGAACAAAAACAAAUAAAUGUGCAUAUUAAUUUUAAGAGCUUUAAGCAUGUCUUGUAAAAAGAAAAAUAUAUUAUUAUGAUAAGGCUGUUAAGAUUUUUAAAUACAAUUAAUUUUUUUUAAACUAAUUUAUAUGAUAUACUAAGCCGGCCCGUUGCAUUGUCCAAGUUUUGUUUAAGUAUGGCAUGGCUGUAAAUGACUGAAUAAAAUAAUGUAGGGGUGAAUUUUAUUGGUAUAUUGGUUUUUGUUAUUGGCAUAUAAUUGUUUUGCCUAAAAUUGCAGCAAUUUUAUAAAUAAAAAAAGGAAAUUUGCACUCUAGUAUUAACUGAAUAACAAGUUUAAAGUGUUGCAUAUUAUAUGGCAAAUAUAGUUAUAAAUUGUACUUUAGACAACAUUCAUUUAAAAAUUAAUUAGCCUACAACAGCUACUAUGAGCUCAGGGUAAAUCUUACAAGUAUAAGAAAUAAUUGAAUGCAAUUUUCAAUCAAAAAUGAUGGGCAAUCAAUUGAAUCAAAAAAUUAUUAGCUUCAGUACUUUUUGCAGUAAUAUGCCUAAAUUUAAUUCAUUGUUAUGUUAACACUAAAACUGCGUUGCAUCAACGAACUUAAGCAAUAACAAAUAAGUUAAAGUACCGGUUAAGUAACAAAUGAGUUGCACCAUUUGAUAAUUUUUAGAUGAUGUCAUAACUUAAGUUGUAACCGUUCAAUCUUCGCCGGUUAAAGCUAUUGUUAAUGUUAAAUAGCGAAAUAGCGAACUGUCAAAAGUUUCAAAUUGAUAAUCGAUAUUGAUUUGAUAUUUCACUUCUUAACUUUUACUAUAUACCAAGGAAUACGAUGGUGCAACACAUUACGCAGUCUAUGUUGAAGUCGGCGUUACGUUUGACUUAGGCUAUGGUCUCCUAUUUUACGCCGUACGCUGCGUCACAAUGCUUACCAUAUAAAUGUACUGUUGUGGUCUCUUUCACACGUCGACGCUUGCGUGUUGACGCCGUACGUGGCAUCCGAACACCGUGCGCCGCGUCUCUAUUCAUUUCGAGCCAUUGCAGCGUGAAGGUCGUCACACAAACUGAUGAGGUUUGAUUCAGGCUUGAUAAAGGAAUCGACGAAUGCAGUGUAUAAUAAAAGUGACAAGAAUCAUUAAAACAAUAUUUAUCAGCAAAAAUCUUGGGAAAAAAUUAUUGCUACAGCCACUGAGCCACCUGCGUCACGCCAGCCGUAUUGACCGCCGAUGCUGUGCGUUGCGUACAGACGUUAGAAGCCAGGAAGCCAGAAGGAAUUUAACGCUAACGCCAGACGCCGCGUACGUAGGAGACCAUAGCCUUAAAGCCGGUUGCAGACCGAAAACUAAGCUAUGCCAAGCAAGCUAGGCUAAGCUAAGCUAGAAAUAAAUAGCGUGCACACCAACAGCUACACAACAGGAUGUGCAAAGGGUGUUCAGGGUAGCGGGAGGGGCUUAGCUUAGCUCGUGUAGCUGUGCAUCGGCAUACACAACCAACUUAGCUUCGCAUAUUUUAGUUAGCUCACAUAGCUUAGUUCGCAUAGUUUGCGGUUUGCACACAAGUAUGGAAAACUGUGUCAGCUAUGCGAGUUGAGUUAAACUAACUGAGCUUAGCUCAUGAUGUAACCCAUCCUUAAUAUUAUGUUCUUGUCAAGACACAACAGUAAAAUUUUGAAUAAUGUAAUUGUAAUAAAUGAUAAAUAGCAUUAUGUUACUACUAUUUAAGUUAUAUUUGUUUUAAUAAAUAAUUUUAAUAAUC